UUUUUUUUUCUUCUUCUUCUUCUUGGAGCGCGAGUAAUUUUCUCCAUCGGCGGAAAAAAAACACUUCUCCAUCACCAAGCCAAGCGUCUCUUCCUCCUCGGAUUCACAGAUAAUCAAAAGCUUAUCUUGAGCUAUGAGCACAGCGACAAGGCCUUCUUCUUCUGCAACAACCUCUGUUAUAUUAGAAAACCCUGUUUCUCAAUCCCAGCCUACUGAAAGAUUAGUCCUUCGCUUGAACCGUAAGAAGAAGAAAGUUUCAUGGAAAGACGGGACUGUUGACAACGAGUUCAUGCAGAAGAAGAGUUCCAAGAAGUGUUGCAUCUUUCACAAACAGAAGCCCUUUGAUGAGGAUGACAGUGAAGAAGAAGAUGACAACCAUCACCAUCAUCAUGAUCAUCACCAUGACCACUCCGAAUCUGGUGAGGCAUCUUCGUCUAAUGAUUCUAAAGCCGUUGACUAAUCAAUCAGGUUUUGUCUCAUCACUAUAUAUUGAAGCUUUUAAUAGAUCAUGGAAGUGUCUUAGGCUUUCGUCUCUUCCCCUAUCUAACACUGGUAUAUGUACAUGUAAUUUGCAGAUUCAUUGCAAUGUUUAACUCCUUGAUACUCUAUUGAAAAUUAUGUGAAUCAUUUAAGCUUGCUUAUUAGUUAAAGAGUUACAAAGUUGUUAUUUU